CCAUAUAAAUUGUCCCACACCCGCACAAACACACCUCUGUAUCACAAACCCUAAUUAAGCGAAUCCCAAAACAAUGGCAGUUUCAAUCGCAGCUCCAAACAAGGUCCGAUGGGGCGAGCUCGAAGAGGAAGAAGAUGGAGAGGACUACGCCUAUCUCCUCCCCCCGCGCCAGGUUAUUGGGCCGGACCACAACGGCCUCAAGAAAGUGAUUGAGCACAAGUUCAACGAUGAGGGCCAUAAGGUCAAGAUUACCAGCACUAUUCGUGUCAGGAAACUCGCCAAUGCGAGGCUCAGUAAGCGUGCUGUUGAGCGCAGAUCUUGGCCCAAGUUUGGUGAUGCUGUUCAUGAGGAUGUUGGUGCUAGAUUGACUAUGGUUUCUACUGAGGAGAUUCUUCUUGAACGGCCUCGCGCUCCCGGUAGCAAAGAAGGAGAAGCAAAGGCUAGUGGAGAUGCUUUGUCUCAAUUUGGGAAAGCAGGUGCUGUUCUUAUGGUUUGCAGAACCUGCGGUAAGAAAGGAGAUCACUGGUCUGCAAGGUGUCCCUACAAGGAUCUCGCUCAGCCAAGUGAAACAUUCAAUGAGCAGGCACCUACAUCAGAUGCUGCAGCUGCACCAGGUGCUACAAAAGGAGCAUAUGUUCCUCCCAGCCUGCGACCCGGGGCAGAGAGGACUACUGGUUCUGAUAUGAGACGCAGGACUGAAGAGAAUUCAGUCCGGGUUACAAAUCUAUCAGAAGACACUCGCGAGCCUGACUUGCUUGAGCUCUUCCGUACUUUUGGUCCUGUCACCCGCACUUAUGUUGCCAUUGACCAGAAGACUGGUAUGAGCAGGGGUUUUGGUUUUGUAAAUUUUGUGAGCAGGGAGGACGCUGAGAGAGCUAUCAACAAGCUCAAUGGUUAUGGUUAUGACAACCUCAUACUCAAUGUUGAAUGGGCUGCACCGAGGGCAAGCUAGUUUCAACAAGGAAUAAAGACUAUUACUCUUAUGAUUUGAUAUUUUGUACUGGAUGAUAAGAUUUUUGGGAUGUCCUGUUAUGUUUUGGGAUUUCUGUGAAGGAUAUUUGAAUUAUGAAAUUUCUUUAUAUGAGUUUGUAAACUGUA